UAUAUACAAUAGUAGCUCAAAAUAGUAUCAUCAGUUGCAAGAAUUUCAAAAUAAAAUGUCCUCAUCAUUGAAUGGUCGUCGUCCUCGCGUAAUUGUCAACGGAAUCAGAAGAACAAGAACCUUUCAUUACUUCAGGUGCCUUAACUGCCAACGCACCAUCCGUACAGUCCUUUCAAACGCACACGAAAUUUCAUGUCCUUACUGCUCCAACGACCUCCGUCAUCACGAGCUCGACAUUUCCAGGCCGAUAUGGCGGCCGCCUCUUCUCGAAUCCUUAUCCCUCGGCGGCCGCACUUUACUCGAAAGCUUAGCCCUAGCACUUGAUAACGCCUCAAGACCUCGUCCCACCGGUUUCGGACGGACGGCACCGUCGAGCGAAGGAGAUCGAGAACCCUACAACCCAACAACUAACCAACUUUUUUUAGAGCCGUGGAUUACCUUCCGAUUUUUUCGAGAAGAUGAUGAUGAAAACGACGACGUUUUCACGAACGCCUUAAACGAGACAGUAUUAGGAGGAGGAGGACAGCCUGGUCACCGACGACGUCGGGCGGUGGAGGCAUGCUUGACUAGGGUUAGGGUUACGGAAAUGGAGUUGAGAAGGGACCCGAUUUGUCCGGUUUGUAAGGAGGAGUUCGAGGUGGGGGAGGAAGUGAGAGAGUUGGCGUGUAAGCAUUUCUAUCAUUCUGAUUGUAUUCUUCCAUGGCUGAGACUCCAUACGACUUGUCCCGUUUGUCGGUAUGAUGUAGAGGAUCGUCAAGAGGAAGAAGACGACGACGAAGAUGGGUCCAAUACGGUGCGUUUUUGGUGGACUCAGUUGCUUUCUCUUUGGCCUUUUCGUGCUUUUCUGGAUUGUUGGAGGCAUAUGAUGAUGAGCUUUGAUUAUCCACAUGAUUACGAUCAUCAACAGAAUAAUGUUUCUCCGGCUACCACCUGGUGGCCGUCAUGGCUCAUUCUAUGAAAAAUUGAAAAUUAUAGGGAAUUGGUAACACAUACAUAUAUAUAUAUAUUAGCGUAUAUAUAGAUACUAUUCAAGCUAAUUAACUCCAUGCAGCCACGAAAUGUGUUCAUAUUAAAUUUAUCAGGUAUAUAUAUAUACCAGUUUCUCGUUUAAGUUAUGAUGUGUGCACCGCAAGUAUAAGUUUAUUUAUUGACGAUGUGUAAAAAAUUUAGUAAAAAGUUCGUAAAUUAGAUAUAGUAUUAUAGUGUAUAUACUUAUUGGUCUCUAUUGUAAUUAUUCCUCUUUUUUUUUUUUUUUUUUUUUUUUAUGAAUAAGAAAGAUUGUAUUGCUCAACAAACCAUUACAAGACAAAGUCUAUGAAACCCAACACAAUUACAAGACCCAAUUCCAACCCAACAAUCUGCCGAAACAAGUGAAGGCCCUAUAUAUAAUCUGUACAAAUCAAUUCAGAGACAAACGGUUAAUAAAUUCUCUAUCUUUCCUAGAUGCUUUACAUGGCAACACACUAAAUACCCGAAAUUUACAAUCAUGCUGAAUUCUACUAACUGUGUGUUGAAUUUGCCAAAGCUUGUGAUUCCAAAGUGCAUCAUUCCUCACUCUCCAUAUAUGAUACACUGUUGUAGCAAGAAAAGAGAACAGUAUGCUCUUGUAUAUCCUGGAUUUAAGCUUGGCAUGAGAGACCCAAUGCAGAAGACAAGUGAGAUUAGUUGAUUGUGCAUUCCAAUUAAGCCAAUUUUUGA